AUGUCUACAUCCAGCAUUGGCGGCAACGAGUCGCCCAUGGAAGACGACUCCUGUCGUCGCUUCCUAGAACUGGAAACGUUGCGUGAGCGUCGCGAACACCUCACCAAUGCCCUUAAAGAGCUCCCCUACGACUUGAUCCUCUACCUUGAGCGGGCCAAGGUCCACUCUGAUCUGGGCUACCCUGACCUCGCUGUUGGGGAUGCCUACCGAGCUCUGCUUUUGACCGACGAAGUUCUCACCGAGGGUUUCGAAUACCACGAGCAAGCCGUGGAAGCGUUGCAGUCCCGCCCUCUCGACCCACUACCGUUAGUUCUUGACCACGGCCGCUUGUCAGAGCUCCGAAGCGAUUUUAUCGAUGGCGAGGCUAAGGACCAAGCCGGCCUGGUUGCUCAUGUCGCCAAGCUGGCUUCUAUCCGAUGCUAUCAGAUACUGUCACUCAGCUCAUUGUUGUGCUCGUGUCUGAAGCCGGCCUACGACUUCGCCGAGAAGGGCCUGCAACUGGCCCCUGAUAAUGAAGAGCUGCUCACCAGUAUGGAGCAAGUCGUUAAGAUUGCUCGCCAAAGGCUCCGAAAAGAUGAUAUCAACUCCAACAUGCUACCGGAAUGGGGCAUGGUUCGGCGAGAGGUCUAUCCCUGGAACGACCACGAGCCUGAUCGUUACGGUCCUCAGACCCUCCAGUAUCUCAACAACCAGCUCUCCGAAUUCUCGCCCAAAUGCGAGGUCAGAGUUUCCAAUCUCCCUGUUCUAUUCGAGGAAGACGACAACAGCCAAGGCACAAUAACGUGCGAACAACUCGGGCUCUUCGCCAAGGAAGACAUUGCGCCUGGAGAGCCAGUCCUCGAAGAAUACUCUCUCUUGACGGCAAAUAACCGCCACAAGGACCCGGUCUGCGAUGCCUGCGGUGCUGAACUGCCUCCACUGGAUGCCGAAUCGCCCGCCAUCAAAUGCGAAGAAUGCUACGAUACAGUAUUCUGCUCUCAGUACUGCCACGACAAGGCCCAGGAACUUUACCAUCCAGCAGUCUGCGAGAAGGACGUGGAUAAUAUCAACAAGGACCCCGAUGCGUCAGAGGCUGACGAGGCUUUGUACUUUCUGCUUCUAGCCCGUGUCUUGGCUCUUGCGGAACACCAAGGUGUCCACCCCCUUGAUCUCCCACAAGUCAAGUAUAUAUGGGGUGACUUUGUGCGUUCGGACUCCCAGAACAUCGAUAUAUCGCCGAGACCGAUCCCGCCGCCGACUUGGACGCUUCGAUUCUCGUUCGAGUACAAUGUCAAGCAACCUCUGCACAUCCUCGAAAAUAUGGACGUGGAUAUCUUUGCGGGGAUGCCUGAAUACGAUCUAUGGGUUUUCAAUACCCUCUACAGCAAAUUCCGCGGCACGGCGUCGAGUCACAAGAACCCCCGCACCGGCCGGCCAGAGGUUGCUGCAGUGCAUCCUUUCUGGUGCAUAGCCAAUCACGACUGCAACCCGAACGUAACAUGGGACUGGGCAGGGCGCAUCAUACUGAGGGCAAGAGAAGAAAAGAUCAUGGGAGACGAGCCGGGGCUCAAGGCCGGGGACGAGGUUCUGAAUCACUACACCGACAUCAGAUUGCCUGUUGAGGAACGACGCGCGUGGGCAAAGGGAGCUCUUGGCGGUUUGUGCAUGUGCUCUCGUUGCCGAACGGAAGCUGCGGCGACGUCUUGA